AGUUUCUCCCUAUUCAUAACAAUUGGGUUGUUAUGUGAACUCCAAAUGUUAAUUUGUUUAAAAUGCUGAAAAAGGUUAAUAUCUUUAAUGGAAAUUCCAUUAGAUACCUGUCACUUCAAGUGCAGCCUGUCAAAGAACUUAAGGGAAAAUGGAAAAGUGUUGUCGGAUUAGAAGUGCACGCCCAAAUAGCAAGUGAAUCCAAAUUAUUUUCUGGCAGUGGUACGGCAUUUGGAGCUCCUCUCAACUCUGCAGUAUCGUAUUUCGAUGCAUCAAUACCUGGAACUCUGCCUGUACUAAAUCGAAGAUGUGUAGAGUUAGGAAUCAAAACGGCAUUGGCUUUGGGUUGCAAAAUCAACGAGGUUUCAAUGUUCGAUCGCAAGCAUUACUUCUAUGCAGAUUUGCCGGCCGGCUUUCAGAUAACUCAACAAAGAGCUGCCUUGGCUAACCACGGUCAGAUGACAUUUCCUGUCAUAGUGCCUGGCAGAAAAGUUUAUCACAAGACUGUACAAUUAUUGCAAUUGCAAUUAGAACAGGACAGCGGAAAGUCCUUACAUGAUGAGCAAAUGCGAAGAAGUUUAGUUGAUUUAAAUCGCGCUGGCUUACCCCUAAUGGAAUUGGUCUUUGCUCCCGAUCUUGCAACGGGCGAAGAGGCCGCCUCCCUUAUUAAAGAGUUAAUUUUGAUACUGCGUCGCCUAAAGACCUGCUCCUGCAAAAUGGAAGAGGGUGCUCUGCGUGUAGAUGCUAACAUUUCAAUUCACAAAGAAGGCGAACCUUUGGGUACUCGCACCGAAGUAAAGAAUAUUGGCUCCGUUCGUAGUAUAUCGCAAGCUGUUACUUAUGAAAUACAACGUCAGUUCGACAUAGUUUCGCAAGGUGGAGUUAUAAUAAAUGAAACACGCUCAUGGGAUGCAGAAAAACGUUGUACCAUUGCUAUGCGUGACAAAGAGGUUGUGCAGGAUUAUAGAUUUAUGCCCGAACCAAAUUUACCACCAUUGCGUUUAAAUAUGUUGGAUGAUGGGACCGACGACGAAGACCCAUAUUCACUAGUUUCGGUGCCAACACUAGCGAAAGACCUGCCAGAACUACCUGAAGAAACUAGAGUAUAUUUAGUGGAACACUACAAACUUAACCAAGAAGUGGCUAUAAUAUUGGUGAAUGAACCCAUACUCUUGGACCACUUUUUGAAAAUAAUCAAACAGUUACCUGCAAUACCCACAAAAACUAUAACUAACUUUCUUCUUAACGAUCUGCUGACAUAUUGCAAUAAAGUGAACAUCGAUGUAGAGGACUGCCAUUUAACAUACAACCAUCUGAAGGAUAUUCUUAAGGCUUUACACGCAGAGGAAAUAAAUUUACAGGCGGCACGGAAAUUAAUCGAAUUAUUACACGAAUAUCAUACGGGAGAAGUCAAUGAGUUGAUUAAAACCCACAAACUGGAGCAAAUAUCAGAUAUCAACCUCAUCACUGACUAUUGUCAGAAAGCUAUAGAGAAUCAAGCAAAGGCAGCUAAACAGUAUCAAAGCGGUAAGGCCAAAGCCCUAUUUGCCAUUGUGGGAGAAGUGGCCAAAUUGUCGGAACAAAAGGCCAAUAUGAAAAUUGUAGUUAAAUGUUUGGAGAAUCUAUUAAAGAGCAGCAAGAAAUAAAUAUACCAAAAGGAAGUCUGAAACUGUGUACCCAUGUACAAAGAAAAUUGUAAA